AAAACCCCCAACCCUCUCUCUCUCUCCACCCGAGAUCUCCGAUUCGGGUGCACCCCCCGAGGCCGAGAUGGCAAUGGCGACGGCGCUACGCAGGCUCAACUCCUCCAUCUCCGCCGCUGUCAGGCGUCACCCUUUCGCGCGCGGCUCCCUCUGCUCCAUGUCUUCGUUGCCGAGCGAAGCCGCCUACGGGAAGGAGAGAUCUUGCGUCACGUGGACGAAGCAGCUCAAUGCUCCGCUGGAGGUCGUCGAUCCGGAGAUCGCGGAAAUCAUCGAGCUCGAGAAGGCGAGGCAGUGGAAGGGACUUGAACUUAUACCAUCGGAGAAUUUCACAUCCGUGUCGGUCAUGCAAGCGGUAGGCUCUGUCAUGAUUAACAAAUACAGCGAGGGUUAUCCUGGUGCAAGAUACUAUGGUGGCAACGAAUACAUUGACAUGGCUGAAUCGUUGUGUCAAAAGCGUGCCUUGGAAGCUUUUGGUCUGGAUCCUUCGAAAUGGGGAGUGAAUGUACAGUCAUUGUCUGGGUCACCUUCUAACUUUCAAGUAUAUACUGCACUUUUAAAGCCACAUGAGAGAAUCAUGGCUCUUGAUCUGCCCCAUGGUGGACAUCUUUCUCAUGGCUACCAGACUGAUACAAAGAAGAUCUCUGCAGUUUCUAUAUUCUUUGAAACAAUGCCAUAUAGGCUGGAUGAGAGCACUGGAUAUAUUGAUUAUGAUCAGUUGGAGAAAAGUGCAACACUCUUCAGGCCAAAAUUAAUUGUGGCUGGUGCUAGUGCAUAUGCCCGCCUUUAUGACUAUGAACGCAUUCGAAAGGUAUGUGACAAGCAGAAAGCCAUUCUUCUGGCAGAUAUGGCACACAUCAGUGGACUGGUUGCUGCUGGUGUUAUUCCAUCUCCUUUUAAGUAUGCAGAUAUAGUGACAACUACAACACACAAGUCACUUCGUGGACCACGUGGAGCCAUGAUCUUUUUCAGGAAAGGCCUAAAAGAGAUAAACAAAAAGGGGCAAGAGGUUAUGUAUGAUUUUGUAGAUAAAAUUAAUGCAGCUGUUUUUCCUGGGCUACAAGGUGGUCCACACAAUCAUACCAUUUCUGGUUUAGCUGUUGCACUCAAACAGGCCACCACUCCAGAAUUCAAAGCUUAUCAGGAGCAAGUACUGAAGAAUUGUGCUAAAUUUGCCGAGUGCUUGGUUGAAAAAGGCUAUGAGCUUGUAUCUGGAGGAACAGAUAACCAUUUAGUCCUGGUGAACCUUAAGAACAAGGGAAUUGAUGGAUCUAGAGUAGAAAAGGUGCUGGAGUUGGCACAUAUUGCAGCUAACAAAAACACAGUUCCUGGUGAUGUAUCUGCCAUGGUUCCUGGAGGCAUCAGGAUGGGAACCCCAGCCCUCACAUCAAGAGGAUUUGUCGAAGAGGAUUUUGCAAAAGUUGCUGACUUUUUUGACAUUGCAGUUAAAUUGGCAUUGAAGAUCAAGGCCGAAACUAAAGGUGGAUCAAAGCUAAAGGACUUUGUAGCAACUAUUCAAACUGAUGCUAACAUUCAAUAUGAAAUUUCAAAGCUCUGUCAUGAAGUGGAGGAUUACGCAAAGCAGUUUCCAACAAUUGGAUUUGAGAAAGAGACGAUGAAGUACAGCGACUGAGGUCUAAGUUUUAUAUGAGAAGAAAGCGUGAUAUUUUGCGGUUGGGAUCGAAACUUGCCUGUCCUGCUAUCACCUCAGUUGCAACAAAGUGGAUGGAGGUGGAGGCUGAAAAGAGCUUGGGGAUGUAGGAAGUGGGCGGAGUUGGAAAUAAAGGCUGUUUUCCCUUGAACUUGGAAUCAUCAUCUUUAUAAGAAAGUUAAUAUGUUUUCUGUAUUCUUUCUAAUCCACAGUGCCAACUCGAAACAGUAAAUUCUCGCAUGAGUAUUUGCAUUCAUCCAAGGUUUUAAUCUUUUGUAUUGAA